UAAUAAGAUCGUGUUUGCGGUCGCUGCCCGAGGAGGAAUUCGGAGGAGGCGCGAGGCCCGGUGCUCGCGUCGCGCCCGGGAGCCCAGGAAGGAGGCCGCCGGCGGCGGCGGCGGCAUGAGGCAGGCGACGCGGCGCCUGUGAGCAGCGCGCGGCGGCGGCGGCGGCGGGGAACCUCAGCGCGGGGAGAGCCGAGCGGCCGGGGGCUCCCCUCCCCCGCUGCCGGGCGGUGAUUUGCCGGGCCUGCUGCGCCCCCCGCCCACCCCUCGCCCCAGCUGCCGCCUCGCCGCUUCCCUUCGUCGGAGCGGCCGCUCGUCCGCCCGCCCGCCCGGCUCGAGGCCCGCGGGGAGCGCGGCGCAGUCUGUUGGCCCGCGGGGGGGCGGCCUCCCGGCAUCUUCGCGGCGCCCAAGGACGACCAGGAAGGGGAGCGGCCGGGAUGGCGCGUCCGCGGCCCCGCGAGUACAAGGCGGGCGACCUGGUCUUCGCCAAGAUGAAGGGCUACCCGCACUGGCCGGCCCGGAUUGAUGAACUCCCAGAGGGAGCUGUGAAGCCUCCAGCAAAUAAGUAUCCUAUCUUCUUUUUUGGCACCCAUGAAACUGCAUUUCUAGGUCCCAAAGACCUUUUCCCUUAUAAGGAAUACAAAGACAAGUUUGGAAAGUCAAACAAACGGAAAGGAUUUAAUGAAGGAUUGUGGGAAAUAGAAAAUAACCCAGGAGUAAAGUUUACUGGAUACCAGGCAAUUCAGCAACAGAGCUCUUCAGAAACCGAGGGAGAAGGCGGGAAUACUGCAGAUGCAAGCAGUGAGGAAGAAGGUGAUAGAGUAGAAGAAGAUGGAAAAGGCAAAAGAAAGAAUGAAAAAGCAGGCUCAAAACGGAAAAAGUCAUACACUUCAAAGAAAUCCUCUAAACAGUCCCGGAAAUCUCCAGGAGAUGAAGAUGACAAGGACUGCAAAGAAGAAGAAAAUAAAAGCAGCUCUGAGGGUGGAGAUGCCGGCAAUGACACAAGAAACACAACUUCAGACUUGCAAAAAACCAGUGAAGGGACCUAACUACCAUAAUGAAUGCUGCAUAUUAAGAAAACCACAAGAAGGUUAUACGUUUGGUUGUCUAAUAUUCUUGGAUUUGAUAUGAACCAACACAUAGUCCUUGUUGUCAUUGACAGAACCCCAGUUUGUAUGUACAUUAUUCACAUUCCUCUCUGUUGUGUUUGGGGGA